AAAGUGCUACAACACUCGUUUCAAAUUUCAGUUACUAACUCAAAGCAAAGCAGAAGGCAAAAAAACCAUGUCAAAGCUGGUGGUGUUGCAGCCCACAAAGCAGCCUCCCAUCUCCCUCCUCUCUUCCUCUCUUUCCCACUUCAAUGGCACCAAGCUCUGCCAAAUCCAGUACAAGAGAAAGGUAUAUCAGCCAAAAGGUGCAUUGCAUAUUGCAGCAUCCAGCACCAAGAAGAUUCUCAUAAUGGGAGGCACUAGGUUCAUUGGUGUGUUUUUAUCAAGACUCCUUGUAAAAGAGGGUCAUCAGGUUACUUUGUUUACUAGAGGUAAAGCACCAGUUACUCAACAAUUGCCUGGUGAAUCAGACAGUGACUACGCUGAGUUUAAAUCCAAGAUUUUGCAUUUGAAAGGAGAUAGAAUGGACUUCGAUUUUGUGAAAUCCAGUCUUUCUGCAGAAGGCUACGAUGUUGUGUACGACAUAAACGGACGAGAGGCGGCCGAAGUUGAACCGAUACUGGAUGCACUCCCGAACUUAGAACAGUUCAUAUACUGCUCCUCAGCAGGUGUUUACCUUAAAUCUGAUAUGUUACCACAUUGUGAGACCGAUGCCGUUGAUCCGAAGAGUAGGCACAAGGGAAAACUUAAUACCGAGAGCUUACUGGAGUCGAGGGAUGUUAACUGGACAUCUGUGAGACCAGUCUACAUAUAUGGACCUUUGAAUUAUAACCCUGUUGAAGAAUGGUUCUUCCAUCGAUUGAAAGCCGGUCGCCCUAUUCCGAUUCCCAACUCUGGAGUGCAAAUAACCCAACUUGGUCAUGUCAAGGACUUGGCAACGGCUUUCAUUGCGGUUCUUGGUAAUGAAAAAGCCAGCAAGCAGGUGUUCAACAUUUCGGGAGAAAAGUACGUGACCUUCAAUGGAUUAGCAAAGGCGUGCGCCAAGGCUGGUGGAUUUCCCGAACCUGAGAUUGUUCACUACAACCCAAAGGAGUUUGACUUCGGUAAAAAGAAGGCAUUCCCGUUCCGAGAUCAGCAUUUCUUCGCAUCGGUCGAAAAAGCAAAGCAUGUGCUAGGAUGGAAACCGGAAUUUGACCUGGUUGAAGGACUCACAGACUCGUAUAACCUAGAUUUCGGCAGGGGAACAUUCAGGAAGGAGGCUGAUUUUUCGACCGAUGACAUGAUUCUCGGCAAAAGUUUUGUUCUCCAAUCAUAAGACAUUCAUCUCAUCAUCACUUUCAAAUUUUGCCUCUUCAAGUUGGCAUAUAUAAUAACUAUGAAAAAUGUAACAAUUCUCAUAUUAAUACAAACUAUAUGUAACUAUAUGUAAUUUGGAAUGUGGAAUUGUUGUAGCCAUGCACAAGCAAAA